AUGAAGCCACUCGUUAUCCUGCACUUCCUCGCCCUUACCGCCUGGGCCUUGAAGCCCCUCGCCCCUAGGGACCAUGGGGACCAAACAGUCAUCGUAGUUAACAAGUUAGCCCCAGACACCCACAGCUACGGCUACAGCGGCACUAACCCUGUCGAUGGAUGCUGGGAGAGCCUCGACUGCUCCCUGACCCAAAUCGAAGCAAUGUCCAUGGCGAGCCGACUCGAGUUCAUCAAGUAUCUGAGCACCUGGCGCCUGGACGCGUUGCACUCCAUGGACCAAUUCCGCGCGUUUGAAGGGGUCAUUGCCUUCUUCAUGAGGAAGGAUAUCGGUGGCACGGGCACGUGGUUGUCGCUUGUACAUGCUGCGUGCAUCGAGGCGUUGCAGAGGGGUGCGGCUAUCUCGCUGGGCUUGUCGAGUAAUACCGGUGGGAAUCCGGCAAGUGAGAAGUGGGCGGAUUAUUUUUAUCAGAGGAGGACGGGGAGGCUUACGGAUAGAGGUGCCCACGAUUUAUCCUGGGCUGUGGCAGAACAAGCUGCCGUUGACUACGGCAUGCGCCGCGCAGACUCAUCGCUGCAGAUCGAAAAGCCCUCCGGCCGCGUGCUACGCUGGAUGCAGUUCACGCGCGUAUACAGAACAGCCAUGCAGUAUCGCCGUACGAUCUUGUGGCUUAUGAGGAUGGGAUUCACAUGGUCUAGCCCCUCCAUACCCAUGGCCGUGGAAGCUUUCAUAGAUUGGGUCACGGACGUGACAGACGCAACCUCUACUGGCUUCCUAGCCGAUGUGGCUUGGACCCUUUCUGCGCUGGGGCUAUCCCAGCACGGAGAAGACCCCGCCGCUGACAGUGAAGUGAUGUUGAAGAUUGUCACAGAGUUUUGGGAGGUUUUCCAAUUGAGGAAUACCGGUGGUGGUAAUGGGGAGCAGGGAGGCAUUUCACAGCGAAGAUAG